GGGGAAACAACACAAGACUCACUGCUUCACUUCCUCUGCAAAAGGACUCAAUGGUCUCCACUUCCUCAACUCCUCCUCCUCCCAAGGAAAAAGAGGAGAAGGGAGGUGAAAAAUGGAGGGAGGGAGAAGGGAAGAGGAGGGCAAAGUGGUGGUACUCUACCUUCCCCCCCGCCCCCGCCAUGAUCGGCGCCGGAGUUCUCAGCCUCCCCUCCGCCAUCUCUUUCCUUGGCUGGGGGCCAGGAACAAUGGUGCUGGUGAUGGCAUGGGGCAUGACCCUGAACACGAUGUGGCAAAUGGUACAGCUGCACGAAUGCGUACCGGGAACCCGGUUCGACCGGUACAUCGAUUUGGGCCGGUUCGCUUUCGGCCCAAAACUCGGCCCAUGGAUCGUACUUCCGCAGCAGCUGAUCGUCCAGGUGGGUUGCAACAUAGUGUACAUGGUGACAGGUGGCAAGUGCCUGAAGAAGUUCGUGGACAUCACCUGCUCCGGCAGCUGUGCGGACAUCAGACAGUCCUACUGGAUACUGAUCUUCGGCGGGGUCCACUUCUUCCUGUCUCAGCUCCCCAACUUCAACUCCGUCGCCGGCGUCUCCUUGGCCGCCGCCGUCAUGUCCCUCAGCUACUCGACGAUCGCAUGGGUGGGGAGUCUGACACGUGGCAGGAUCCCGGACGUGAGCUACGCAUACAGAAGAACAAACCCUACGGAUUCCAUAUUCAGAAUCUUCAACGCUCUCGGACAAAUCUCCUUCGCCUUCGCCGGACACGCCGUCGCGCUCGAGAUUCAGGCGACGAUGCCGUCUUCGCCGGAAAAGCCAUCCAGGGUUCCGAUGUGGCAUGGAGUCAUCGGCGCCUAUUUCGUGAACGCCAUCUGUUAUUUUCCGGUGGCUCUAAUAUGUUACUGGGUCUUCGGACAAGACGUCGACGACAAUGUCUUGUUGAAUCUCCAACGACCCGAUUGGCUCAUCGCUUCUGCUAACCUCAUGGUGGUCGUCCACGUCAUCGGCAGCUAUCAGGUGUUUGCUAUGCCGGUGUUUGAUCUGUUGGAGGGCGUGAUGGUGAAGAGAUUCAAUUUCUCGCCGGGUUUGGUUCUAAGAUUGUUCCCUCGGUCCAUUUACGUGGCAUUUACACUGUUCGUUGCGGUCACAUUCCCUUUCUUUGGGGACCUUCUUGGUUUCUUUGGAGGGUUUGGUUUUGCUCCCACUUCCUUUUUUCUCCCAAGUAUAAUGUGGCUCAUAAUCAAGAAACCAAAGAGACUCAGCAUCACAUGGUUAAUCAAUUGGGUUUCGAUAUUCAUUGGACUGUUCAUCAUGGUGGCGUCUACGGUCGGAGGGCUUAGGAACAUCAUUGCGGAUUCUUCUACUUAUAGUUUCUAUACUUAAUAUAUGUUUUUAUAUAUAUUUAUAUAUAUAUAUAUAUAUAUAUAUAUAUAUAUAUAUAUUGCCAAGUUGAGUAUUUUUGGAAUAGUUAUAAUAUUCCAUGUUUUCAAUUUUCAUCAAUAAACUCAUUAUCUUUUGUUUUGAUAUUAAAAAAAAAAUUGCAAGUGUACUCAUUCUAUUGGGCCAUAGCAAAUCAAGGGGAAAAAAAAAGCUGGAUUUUGGAUUU